AUGCAGAAGGCUAAGAAGAAGCAUAAAGUUGGUUCAGUUGCCAGUAUUUUCACAGCGAAGGAGGGAAAUUUAGAGAUUGCAGAAAAAAUUAAUGAAGGAGAAGCUAAAACAAAGGAAGUUGAUAUGCCUAUCAUCUCUGGAUUAACAGCGAAGUUCACAAAGACUUUAUGCGAUGAAAAAUCUUUUCAGAUAAGGGAUCUUCUUAAAAGUGUAAAUGAUUCAAUCAUAUAUAAAAGCAUGGAAAUAAGGGAGCAUAAAGUUGGUGUAAAUCAAAACGGGGAGAAGGGAAGGCCACGCAAAUCAGUAGCUACAACUCCGAAAGCUUUUGUUUCCGAUAAGGAGCAAAAUGGGGCUGGAGGUGUUGCUGAUAAAAACUUUAUGGUUGCUCACUUUAUAUAUUGUAAACUAACUGAUGAGAACCAGCCUCUCUCAACAUGGAUAGUAGCAAUUCAGUCUUCAGGUGAUGAAAAUUCAAGACUUCCCUCUGGUAAGCUUGUCAAGGAAUGCGAUGAGGAUAGAGGACUGGUUGAUGUUCCGGUUGAAUCUCCUGCUAUGGAAGCAAGAAUUGGAAGCCUAUUGGAAGACGAUCAUAUGUUGCCUUUUGUAAAGAAAUCUAGUCUCUUGCAAACAAUUGAAUCUAUGGAUGUCUUCCAAACUCUGCCCAAAAAACCAUAUUUUCAACCAUUGGCUGAAAACAAAGAGGAGUUUCGUGAAGGAUCAGCAAUUGGUAUCAUGGUAACCUUUGCCAGUUUGUUCGAGAAGAUAUCGGCGUUGCGUUUUGAUGAUCCUAGAGAUACAUUUGAUAACAUUUUUUAUAGUCUUAGUUAUAUGGAGAAGCAUGCAUUUGUUGUAACAGUGCUUCGAGAUCGCUUGAAUAAAUUACUAUCAAUCAAGGAAGGCCAAGGACAGCAUACAGGAGAGAGAGAAAAUACUGAAAGGGAGAUAAUUGAGAAUACAGAGGAGAUAACUAAAUUGGUUGAAGAGAUGGAAGAGAUUGAAAAGAAAAUUACCGAGUUACAAGAACAGCGUGCCGUCAUACAGUCGGAGGAGGAGGCUAAAAAUCUUAAAAUCGCUGGUUUGAAGUUGCAUGUUGAUGUUCUAAAUGAACAGGUUCAGAACAAUUUGCGUGAUUUUAAAAAAUUAGCUACUGCCCCUUGGAAGUCGCCAUGAUCAUCGGGUACGAUAUGCAUGGUUUAUUGUUCAUAAUGGUAAGACUCCUGAUGAUG